GUCAACACACGUGUGCCUGCGGUUUUUCUAGGUCACUUUUGAUUAUUUUGACCGCAUUCUUCCAAGUUAUUUCGUCCACUUUCAUUACUUUUGUACAUCCAAAGUUGUUAGUGGCUCAAAGCGAAGUGCUUACUGUUCAAAUAAAUUUCUAUUAAAGCUUUGAAUAAAAUAAUACGACUUCAUAAAUUUAUAUAGUACGGAAAUGGCGCAAACAUUCGGGGAUCGCGAGUUCUUCAAUAGUCUCAUCAAUAAUAUUGAUGAUAUUUUUGGUCAAGUUGAAAAUGGUAGCAGUCAAAUGAAUCCUAUUUUCAAAACGGAGCAAGGCAAAUAUUUGGCAAAUAAUCUAGCUGAUCCUCUUAUCAAAGCACUCACUGAAAUCGCCAACAAACGACCCGAGGAUCCGGUCGCUUUUCUUGCUGAUUAUUUACAAAAUUACAUGCAUCAACGCGAUCCCGCAGAGGCAAGCAACAGUGGUAAGACCAACUCAACCGCGCCUAUUACGUCCAACUCGCCGAUGCUGCGUCGCACUGGUAUGGGUUUGCAAAGUGUCCAUAUUGGAAACGGCGAUGAAGAUCGCAUAGAAGAGGAUCACAUUUCAAACGCUGAUGAGGAGGAGGAAUCACAUGCGAAUCUCGAUGAUCGCGAUGAGCACGGACAAAGCAUGCUACAUUUUGCUUGUGCGCGUUCACAUCGACGCGGUGCGCUGAUGCAUCUUAUCGAAGAAUCAAAUGUCGAUAUAACAUAUCGGGAUGAAUUGUAUAGGACGGCGCGCGAUGUAUCGCUACAAGCGAAUCAGCCAUCGAAUGCUAAAGAUAUCGAUCGUUACGUGCUAUCGCUAGCUGUUAUUGGCGAUAUCAGACCCUUUGAGAUCCUCGCAGUGGAAGGUUACGAUCACAUAGUCGACAUUACUGACGACAACGAUGUGAGUAUUGGAGAAAUAGCUGCGGAACGUGGCCAUGAUGAGCUUGCUAAUUUUCUACGCAAUUUGCGUACGCUGGAGGAGCUACGUGAGGAGUUGCAUCAAAUGAUAAGGGAUGGCAAUGUUGGACGUAUAAGGGAAAUAGUUGCUGAUUCGAACGGCAAAUGGCUCUUAAAAUCCAAAAACUAUUAUGGACGCACCGCUUUGCACAUUGCCGUUUUGAAAGAGAACGAAGAAAUUGUGGAACACUUUGUGAGCCUCUAUCCAGACUUGCUUAAAAUCGGUGAUAAUCUGGAACGCACAGCUUUGCACUAUGCCAUGGGCACAAAUGCCAUCGAAAGUCUAAGUCGCAUACUCAUACAAAAAGGUGCCAAGCGUACAACCAAAGAUCUGAAAGGACGUCAGCCAAGUUAUUAUUUUAUGAAUAAAGCCGAUAUAUUACGUUUGCAAGAGGAAGAGGAAGAGAAUCGUUAAAUACCUGCAUAUGUAGUGCAUGGCGAUAUUGUUUCGUUUUUUUAUACAGAAGUGGCUUGUUGAAAUUCUAAAUAGUUAGUAGUCCUUUAAGUUAGGCUAUAUGUAGGUUAUCCAUAGAGAUUAUCAUGAGCAGCAGCGUGAAAUGUGUGCUAAGUGGAAGCUUUAAAUAAUGCGAAAAAAAUAUCGAAAUUAGUAAAGGAGCAAAUAAAAUAUUUUAUUAAUAAAAUAGUUUCUAGAAAAGCAAAAAAAUACUAAAAAUUACGUCAAGCAAUAUUGCUAUUAUUAUUUACGGUAGUGUGAAAUUUAGGAAUAGAGAAAUUUUCUAAGUAAUAAA